UGAAAUAUUUCUUUCCACUCUUCUUUAGUCCCGUGAUUGCACCAGAGGUCUCGCGCAGCUGUGCAGAGAUGGAUAAAAGUCGCGCGGACGCUUCACAGCGAUUCUCCGAAAUUAUUGAGCUCAAUGUCGGAGGGCAAGUUUACGUUACGCGGCACUCAACUUUACUCUCCGUGCCAAAUUCUUUACUCUGGACAAUGUUCAGUGAGAAGAAACCCGCGGAACUUACCACCGACAGCAAAGGACGCUUCUUUUUGGACAGGGACGGAUUUUUGUUCAGAUAUAUUCUGGAUUACUUGCGGGACCAGACUCUGGUUUUGCCCGAUUACUUCAAAGAGAAAGCGAGCCUUCUUAAAGAGGCAGAAUAUUUUCAACUUCAAGAGCUGGUGAGACGCCUGAGACCGGCAGUCAGUAAAGAGAACUCUAUCACCGAGGAGGUGUGCCAGAGCGACCCGGAGGAGGCUGCGCUCGCAGGCACCAGUAUCGCCAGCACCGGCCCUCGCUCACCGUCUCUGGACGCGAAAAAAACCGGCUACAUAACAAUCGGGUACAGGGGCUCCUAUACCAUAGGACGAGACAUCCAACAGGACGCCAAAUUUCGACGGGUGGCGAGAAUCACAGUGUGCGGAAAAACGUCUCUCGCCAAAGAAGUUUUCGGGGAGACUCUGAACGAGAGCAGAGACCCCGACAGACUCCCAGAGAGAUACACGUCUCGGUAUUACCUGAAGUAUAAUUUCCUGGAGCAAGCCUUUGACAGGCUGGCGGAGGUGGGCUUCCACAUGGUUGCUUGUAGCUCCACGGGCACCUGCGCGUACUCGAGUAACGACCCCAACGAGGACAAAAUCUGGACGAGUUAUACCGAGUACGUUUUUUGCAGGGAGUGAAGGGGACUCACUUUUGGGAACUGUUAUUCAAACACAUUUCUCGGACACUAACCUUUACCAUUCCUUGCGCACCACGAAUGUGUAGUUUUGUGCCACAAUGUCAUAUGUAAAGAAAAAAAUAAUAGGGACCGUCAAUCGCUGGGCAGACGUAUUGUGCAUAUUUGUGUGUAAGUAAUAAUUUAACAACAGCGGAUCUCCAAAAUCUGUCGUCUGUUCCCAGAAUGCAAACAGCCACUGAUGGCAUUUUCCAGUAUUUAACUACAAUAAGGUUUGGACUGGAGGAAGCACAAAAUGUACUUUCGGUGAUAUGACCUUUGAAUUCAAAUCAACCUUUAUACUCAAGUUCUUAAUAUUUUGUGAUAUUAAAAGUUCAUUACAUUCCUGCAUUUACACAUUUCCCUCUGAUUAUAUGGGAUUAUUAACAGUUUUGUUUUGAUGUCUGUCAGCUUCACACACAUAUAAUAAACUAAUCAUGAAAGACA